AAAAUUCAAAGUUCCGCGAGUCUAGGACGAUGGCGUCGAUCGAUCUCUCAUCGAUGCUUAAGUGCGCGCUGCUGCGCCACGGCUUGCGGCAAGAUCCACCGCUGGAGGACGACGACGAGGAGGCACGCAAGGGUUUCAUGGAUCCGACAGUGUCUUACAUUUCGAGCGUGCUGCUGGACGACGACGGCGACAACGAGGAUCACGAUCAGCUCGCGCGGUCCGGUGAGUACUGCCAGAUUCUAAGCGAGCUCACAGCGAUCGUUGCGCCGCGGCCUCUUGAUUCUCCCAAGAACAGCGACAGCGAUGGCGGUUUGGAAUAUCUGCUCGUCCGCUGCGCCCAGGCGGUGGCGGCGGGGGAUUCCUCACGGGCUUUCGCGCUGGUCAGUGACAUCAAGGGCGCGCUGUGGCGAUCGUCGGGAUCGAUGGGAUGCUUGUGUCGGACGAUCUCAUUCUUCGUCGACGCACUGACUGCCCGAUUGGAGGGCUUUGGGGCUCAGGUGUACGCCGCCAUGGCAAAGGAGGUCACUCGCCGCCAGUACUUGUCCGUGAGGCUCUUGAAUCUCCCGUGCUUGAAGCUCUCGCAAAGAUUCGCCAACGAGCACAUACUGGAGCUGGCUAGAGGAGCUCGUCGCGUCCAUAUCGUCGACUAUGGCAUCCAGUAUGGCUUCCAGUGGCCGUAUCUGAUCAAGGCUUUGUCCCAGCGUAGCGGCGGUCCUCCCGAGCUCAAGAUCACUGGGGUGGAUUGUCCUCACGUCGUCAACUUGGCCGAGACCGGGAGGAAGCUGGUCGAGUUUGCGAGAUCGUGUGGAGUUCCGUUCGAGUUCAUGGCAGUGGCAAGCGAGAACUGGGAAAAGGAGAGGAUUAUCCGGUGUAAGAACGAGGUGCUGGUGGUGAAUAGCGUGCUCCGGCUGCGCCACUUGCGAGAUCAUGGCACGGUUGCGGUGGACAAUCCCAGAGAAGUUUUCCUCGGGAAGAUUUGCGGGCUCAGGCCGGACUUGUUCUUGCAAACCGAGAUCAGUGCCGAUAUGGGCUCGCCCUUGUUCUUGCAGCGGUUCAAGAACGCCCUCGAGUUUUACAAGCAGAAGAUGGAGUACUUUGAAGCGGUGGCAGAAGGAAAGCCGGAAGAGCACGGAUUUAUCCAAAAGGUGGCCGCAAGAGAUAUCAUGAACAUCGUCGCGUGCGAAGGGCUCGAACGAGUGGAGAGAGCGGCCUCGUAUCGCGUCUGGGAUGCUCGGGCAAAGCGAGCAGGCUUCGAAGGGGUGGCAGUGACGGAGGAGAUUUACGAUAAAGUGAGGAGCGCUUGUGGAAAAUUCAGGAACCCCAACUUCGGCUUCGCAAGAGAUGGAAACUGGAUGUUGCUGGGGUGGAAGGGCACGGUGCUCUACGCGAUGAGUGCUUGGCGACCAAAGCGUGUCCUACAAGUGGCUGGUAUGUUUCAGGUUCUAUAGCGAUGGACUUGAGAACUUCCGUGACAAGGAAGGACACGAGCAGGAACAAAGAAGUUACAAAAAGAAUGUAGGUACAGGGUGGAUCACUGGUGUUUGAAGCGCGGUAGCUUCUCAAUGGGCUUCCAGACGCUCAAAGCAUUCA